UAAUCGGAGGAAAAUAGCCCGUUCUGAAAAAGGCUCGAGUACCACAAGAAAACCUACAAGUGUUGUCAGCGGUCCUCUUGGCAAGUUCGCCCGGCGUGUGCAUGAUGGGAUGCAGCCAGAUGACGAAUGUGCCAUAUGUUUGGAGAGUCUGAGCACACCUUCAGAUUACGAUAUUGAUCCCACUGCAGACGUUCAGUGUACAAGCGCUGAUAUUCUCCAACUGCUUCUGUGCAAGCACAUGUUUCACAGAAUUUGUCUACAACGGCUUUACGAGAGUGACACAACAGUGAAUGGCUGUUUGCGUUGCCCGACAUGCAAAACGAUUCAUGGUGUUAUGAAGGGGAACCAACCUGACGGUGGUACCAUGAGGGUCUCAACCAACAUCACUGAUAUCCCUGGUUAUCCUGGUCACGGAUCAAUCGUUAUCGUGUACAGUUUCAACUCCGGCGUUCAGGGACCGAAUCACCCUAAUCCUGGACAGCGUUACACCGCGCACGCCUUCCCUCGCACGUGUUAUCUGCCAAAUAGUCCUAAAGGUCAAAAGGUCUUGAGGCUAUUGAAGGUGGCGUUCGACAGACAACUUGUUUUCACGGUGGGUAGAUCGGUGACAACUGGGCAGGACAACAGCAUUGUAUGGAAUGACAUUCACCACAAAACCGAAGGUUAUGGAAACGGUUCUGGCUAUGGAUACCCUGAUCCAAGUUACUUAGAUAAUGUCCUGGCUGAAUUGGCCGCCCAUGGAGUAACUGACGAUACGUGAAUUAGACGUGAAUUAGCAUAUUUCGCCAAAGCAAGACGAUACCUCAAUUAGCAUAUUUGCCGAAGCAAAUUAGCAUAAACGAACAAAAUUGCGCGAUAAUUUAUUCGCCGAAGCAAGGUCGAAGUCUGUAUAUUCCCCCCAAAAUCCAAGCUCUAGUCUCGCAAAUAGACCAUUUCAGCUUGCAUGCAAAUUAACCAUUGGCAUUGCAGAUGCUGCGACCAUGGAAUAACGAAUAAAACUUAACCAUUUCAGACUAUGUGACUUGAACCAUUUAAUUUACACACAAGCAGAAAAGGUCUAUACUAUAAUCAU